AUGAAGCUGCUCUCCACCCUUACCGGUGUGGCAGCUUACGGCGCAUCACUUGCUUCUGCCCUGAGCCCUCCCGUUAUCGACACUCACUAUGGUACUAUUCAUGGUGGUCUCUCCCCUUUCCGUGGAGGUGACAAGGCUUUCGUGUACAAGGGAAUUCCAUAUGCUCAGCCACCCACCGGUGCCAACCGUUGGACGAAGGUGUCUGGCCCCAGCUACUGGGGAAAACUAAAUGCCACCGAAUUCGGCCCGCAAUGUGCCCAGACAAUCGGCGAAGCUGGUAUCUUCUCUAGUGGCAAGAACACAACUAGCGAGGAUUGUCUGUACCUCAACAUCUGGACUCCGGCUUACGAGAACCAGACCAACAUGACCUCCAAAAAGUUGCCCGUUCUCUUCUGGAUCUACGGUGGACGUUUCACGGGCGGCUCUGGCGAUGUGAAAACCUAUGAUGGUACCGGUUUCGCGCAAAAGGAUAUCAUCGUUGUCACCAUCAACUACCGCCUCGGACCCUUUGGAUACCUUGCCCAUCCUGAAUUGACUGCGGAAUCAGGCCACAACAGCUCAGGUAACUACGGUAUUAUGGAUCAGCAGGCUGCUCUGCACUGGGUCAAUGAGAAUAUUGCCAAGUUUGGUGGUGAUCCUGAUCAAAUCACUGUUGGUGGGCAGUCCGCUGGCUCGGCUAGCGCCCUCGAUGCUAUGUGGAGUCCCCUGGCCGAAGGUCUCGCAGCUGGAAUUAUUGCUGAGAGCGGUGCCCGCGGACCCCACGACCCGAUGACCGGUACUGUUGCUACUUCAUACAGGACUAAGAAGGCCGCUGAGGCACAAGGAGUCCGAUUCUUAAAGACCAUGGGAGUCAGCUCAAUUGCUGAACUCCGAAAUGCUUCCAUGGAGAGCCUUCUUGUGUAUGAUGGCAUUUCCGACACCAUCUGGGAUGGUACUCCCUUCGAGAACUUCACUGAUGCGUUCAUGGAGCCUCCGAUGUGGCGUCCCAACAUCGAUGGCUACGUCUUCCCGGACACCUACUCCGAGGCCUUGCGCAACAACUCUCAUGCCGACAUCCCUAUAUUGACUGGAAACAACGCGGACGAGUCUGGUGCUACCCCGACCCUCACCUACUCUGCCUCCAAAUACCACGCCCUUUUCAGCAACCUUUUCGGUGACCUUUCAGAUGAAUUCUUCUCCCUGUACCCUGGUCAAAACAGAUCCCAGGCCUCGGAAAGCGGCAAGGAGUUCUGGAGAGAUCUGUCUCGAGUUGGAAGCUGGCGUUGGGCUCUUGACUGGGCUGCCGGUGGCGCGAAUGCAUCCGUGUAUACUUACUUCUUCAACCACUGGCCGGCGGAAGAUUAUUCCGGUGGUGCUUACCACGGAAGUGAGCUUUGGUAUACCUUCAACAACUUGCCCUACAGUUCAUACUCAAAUGUGACCUGGGACAGUGAAGAUUAUGCCGUCGAGACGAAGAUGGCCAACUAUUGGGCCAACUUUAUCCGCAAUGGCAACCCCAACGGUGACGGUCAGCCUCAAUGGAAGGCCUCCAAGAAGGAGGCGCAGACCAUGUGGCUAGGAGACCAGUGGGAGAUGGGCCCUAUUACCAACGACAACAAGCGCAUCGAGUUCCUGCACAAGUGGACUUCUACUUUGCCUGCAUGGUAA